UGAUGUCAUCAGUGUCAUUUAAGUGCUACUGAAGUACUGUGAAAUGAGUCAUAUAAAAUAGUUCAUCGGUGCAAAAUCAAAAUUUAAAAUACAAAUGUUUGCUACGGAUGAUGGCGAAAAUUAACAUGUGACCAGCAAAACAAAAAGAUUGGUAUAAAAUCAUAUUACUCAAUGACUUUAAGGUGAACAGUUGAAAGACAGAAAUAAAUUCAAGAAAUUAAAAUGAAGUGUUUUACAUUAGUGAUUGUGAUUCUUAGUCUCUAUGCUGGUUAUGCUGCGGCCAUAAGAUGCUUUGAAUGUGAUAGCGACAUGAACAGCACGUGUGCGGACACGUUUGAAGCAAGUGGCUUUCAGCCAAAAGACAAUUGCACGAGCUGUGAAAAGGUUAAAGGGAAGAAGGAAGGCAUUCAAUUUGUAGGACGAACUUGCGAUACGUCGGCACUUCCAGAUAAAUGCCAUUCCGAAACCAUCGAUGGUGUCGAUGGGGACGUCUGUUGGUGCAGCAAAGACCUUUGUAACAGCGCCCUUAGCGUCUUUGCAAGACUAUCCCUUAUUUUGGGUCUUCUUGUCAGACUUAUAUUCUAAUUGUAAACAGUUAUUAGCGGCGAGGUGGCGAUAUGCAAUUUAUACAGCGAACGGCUUGAUUAGUUUCGCUUGAAAAGAUAUAUGUUGCUACUAGAUAUCAUUCAUUCAUUCUUUAGAUAUGUUUGCAUUAAGUAUGUUCAACUUUAUGAUGAAUUGAAGACUAUUGAAGAUUAUCUGUUUACUUUUAAUCAUGAUAUAAAUUAAAAUAUUGUGAAAUUAAGGUAACUACUUUGUGCCACGUUUGAUAAUAAUGCACUUAACAUCCUAUCGAAAGUAUGUGUAUGAAAAUCUAUUAGUCACAAGACUAAUUAUUUUAAAGGUUAUUUAUAACAUGUAUUUGUGUUUAAUAUUUGAUGUGAUACUCAAUUCAAUUUGAUAAUAUGUAUUCCACGUUCUUCUUUGUAUACAAUACUUACGGUGGCUAAUUAGUGUGUGCC